UUGGUUCCAAAUCGCGACGGUGACGACCAAAUCGAGAGGAACGAAGCCCGGCGGUCGUGAAGGAACUGCGAUUGCGAGUGUGAGAAGACGGUUUCUGGGUAAGAAGGUCAUCGGUGGUGAGAAGGUGGUCCGAAGGCAAAAUCGAGAGGAAGGAAAUGGCGACCGGCAAAAAAGGUGUGUCGAAGAAGACCCCUCGAAGGCCAAAGAAGAAAACUCCGACAAAAGAGACGGUGGUCCCAGAGACGGUGGUCCCAGAGAAGAUGGUCCCAGAGAAAACUCCGUUUUCAAAAUUGGACUUUUGGCUCAAUGGAGAUUUGCCCGCAAACUAUGUUUCCAGGCCUACUGCUCCCCAUAAGAUAACCAUGAGUGUGUAUCAUGGGGGUGAAUUGACAUUUGACCCAACUAUGCCCUAUCCAAGUGGGCUUUGCGAAGUCUGGCAUCCGUAUGAUGUGGAUCUCAUUUCAUCCAUUGAAUUGGGUAAGAUUGUAAAAUACCUGGGAUAUGCCAGGUUCAAAUGUUUGUGGUAUAGGCAUGUUCAAAGUGAUGGCUCUGUCAGCUUUAGUCCACUUUCCAAUGAUGAAGAGGUUAGACAAUUCAUUGAAGAUGUUAAAGAUAUAGCUGAAGUUGAUCUAUAUGUUGAACACAUAGUGGAAGAGGCAGAUAUUGUUCCUCUAAUUGCUUACAAGAGUGCUGAAGAUACUCCUGAUGUGUUGCAAGUUGAUUCUGAUAGUGAUGAUGAGGACUAUUCAGAAGGCUGGAGACCUAACUGGAAUGGUGACACUGUACAUGGACUAUUUGAAGUUGAGAGGGACAAGGAUAAGUAUGCUGUCAAUGUUGCUCUCAGGUCAUGCGCUUGUAGGAGAUGGGACCUGACUGGGAUUCCCUGUGUGCAUGCUGUGGCUUGUAUGUGGUAUAAUCACCAUGUUCCAGAGAAUUAUGUGGACAUGGCAUACAGAAGGCACACAUUUCUGAAUACCUACUCCCACAUAAUCCUCCCAAACAAUGGGCCCAAAUUAUGGCCAGAAGUGGAAGCUGCACCUCUAAAUCCACCUUAUGUGAGGAGGGCCCCGGGAAGGCCUAAAAAACAGAGGAACAAAGCAAAUGAUGAGCCUAGGAACCCUAAUAGGCUGAGGAGGAUUAGUUCCACUGUGAGAUGUAGAAGGUGUGGAGAGCCUGGACACAACAAGAGAACCUGCAAAGGUAAAACUGCAGCUGAUAGGACAAUCCCAGUAGGAGGCAAUCAGGCAAAUACUCAAGUUCUUCAACCUGAACAAAGAAGGACUCAAGGUACGGGGACUAGAACUAGAGGUCAGAGGAGGAAUGCUCAAUCUGAACCAGGGGAAUCUUCAGCUCAAGGUGCUGCAAAUUAUCAGCCUGCACCCACUCCUCCAGCAAAUUUCCAGUCUCAACAAACUGCUGCUCCAUCUUCUCAGCCUCAGCACAUAGCUACUGCAUAUUCUCAACCUGCACCUACUGCGACAACAUCCCAGCCAAAUGCACCAAGGAGGAGAGGAAGAAAGAGGAAUGCAGAAGCAAUUAGUGGCACUCAGUAGUGUUUUGGAUUGUGUGUUCAGAUUAGUGUUUUGG